ACUUCGAAGUGACAGAAAGCUGUAACUAAGUUGUGGGUGUGGCGACAGCGAGGUAUCUAUUUCAUUUAAGAGUGAUAGCUGUACCGGUUCAUUCAGCGUAAAAACUGGCUCAAGUCAAACCUUUUCGGCGCCGACAUUUGUCUUUGUCGCCAUCUAUUUAUACAGCUUUACGAAACGCAUACUGGAGGGUUCGAUCGAGACCACAGCAAACUUGAGGAUAGAACGAGGGGGCGUUCUCCAGUUCAGCAAUACACGGUUUCACGCUCGUAAUAUAAUCGUACUGAGAUUUGCGUUGUAUGGUGUCCAAAGGAUAUUUGGUGUCCCUUGGAAUUGUAAUAAUGAUCGAACACAUGGCAGAAUAAACGCUGGACGGUAAGGCUGUCCUGUGCCUACAGACAACCACACAUUCAUUCUUUCUCCUCUUUACUCUCCUAAACUACCUGUCUCACACAAGUCCCUCUAUCUUCCCUGUCCUCCACCAUCCCUUCAUCCUUCUUCAAAACGUAACGGUAGAGGUCGGCACCAUGCGUCGGUACAGCUCGGAGGGGUCCCUUCUGGACAUGGACUUCCUUCCGCGGCGAAAAGUGGCGCUAGCGAAGGACCAGAGCUGUGGAAGGGAUGGAGAGUCGGGCACUUACACCCUGACCCAGGAGCAGGAUGAGCUGGACAGUGGAUCCUCAUCACUGCCCCCAAUCAUCCAGGAACCGGGCAUGAGCGCUAACAAAGGAGGAAAAGGAGAGAUGAAAAAGGAGCACAGCGUCAGUGUGGAGAACUUCACUGAGCUGGGCAUGCUGGAGAAGGGAAAGCUGGGAGUUGUGGGCAUCAGUGAAGGAUGCCGGGCCUACAGUGACAGUCAACUGGCCCCGGUGGCCAAGGGCAGCAUGGGCAGAGAUGGACAUCCGUCAACUUCACCCUCAAACACAUCCUUAUCCAACCCCCUCAAGUCCCACCAUGCAAAGGCCAGGCUGUCAGCAGCCAAGCUGCACCUCAAGAGCCUCUUUGGACAGAGCCCUCAUUCCUCACAAUCCAAUCUCUUCAAUACAGAGCAGAAAGACAGUGCCAAAGAGAGAAGGUCUCGUUUGCCCUUCCUUCGCCAGUGGAGCCAGGUGGGUCACAGCAAGACCAGGUUCAGCCGGGAGGAGAUGGACAAGUGGGCCGAGUCCCUCAACACUCUCCUGGACAGCCGAGCGGGCGUGUCUGUGUUUGGUGCAUUCCUGCGUUCUGAGUUCAGCGAGGAGAACCUGCAGUUCUAUCUGGCCUGUGAGCAGUACAGACACUCGUCCAAUAAUUUCAGCCUGCAGAGGAGAGCCAGAGACAUCUGUGCCACCUACAUCCAGCCAGGGGCACCCCGGGAGGUGAAUCUGGACAGCAAGACCAGGGAGCUGACCAUGCAGCUGCUUCAGGCUCCCUCUCACACUUCCCUCUGCCACGCUCAGAAACGCAUCUACACCCUCCUGGACACAGACUGUUACCCCCGCUUCAUCCAAUCCAAUAUCUACCUCUCUCUGCUCCCAGAGGCAGACCACAGCCCCUAGGCUACACCAUGACUAGUGACAGUAAAUGUGGGGAACCAGGUUCACUGUAACGUAUGUGCCAGGUGCGAAACGCCCACGUCAUCUUUAAAAAAAGAAACAGAAAUGCAAGGUUGAUUAAAAUACAGUAACAGUACUAAAAACUAGAUAUACAAAGUAAAAUGACAUCAAUAGAAAAAAAAACCUGUUCCAGGUUUUUUUUUUUUAAAUAUAGGUUAUUUUGGUUUCUACUCAUUUCCCUACAGGAAAUAAGUAGUGCAAAGGCUUAGCUUAUCCUAGGUAAUCUGGGCCACAGGCGGAAUGGAUGCAGUAGAGAACAGGGCACUGGGGGAGGGUAUGGACGAUGGUUUCUAAAAGUAGUCAUUAAAAAUCAGGGGUAAACGGGAGGCCGACAUGCAUGUUCAAACAGAGGUUCAAGAUGCCGGGAGCUCAAGACUGUUACUUGAAUCUGUCGGUGGGACCAAUUAAAAUAUUCCGAGCAUGUUUUAAUCAUCUAACACCCUCGCUUUUGGCGUCAGUGAGUACCGUAGUUAGAGUUCCCAUGGUCCAUUGAGCACAUGAGGAAUUUCCUUAGCUGACCAAAAGGAAAAACACGUCAGACGAGAACAAGCACUAGAUAAAGGUCAAAGCACUUUGUGAGUUACUUAUGUAGUAUGGGUGAGUGAGUACAAACUCACGCUUGUGGACGUGACUAGCAAAAGGAAGUAACCUGAGAGGACUAUCAACAAAACACUUUCUUGGAAAGAGAUUCCAGCGUUUUUUGGACUUUCAUGGAGAGAAUACUCGUGUCACCAAGUACCAGAUUACAGUGUGGGUGACAGCAAUUUUUUUUUUCCGGGAUUGUCACACUUGUUGUUGCAACAAACAGAUUUUAAGUCAUUUGUUUCUGUUCUCCUCAGGCUGCAUCUUGCAUAGAACCUUAUGCUCCUGCCAACUGAUAAUGUAAAACUUCCUCGUAAAAAGGCGGGGAAAGAGUUUGAAGCCAACACCACACCUCAAGUAAAACUCCAUGUAGGGAACUCGUGGUGUCUAAUGUUGUUUGUAUUGCUCCAAGUUAAUCUUGAUGGAGAUAUAAAAAUAAAUAAAAAAUUUAUAUAUACAUGGGAGGUCUUUUGCAACCCAGAACCUUUGUUGAUUUUGAGUAUUUCUGAAAGGUAAUAUAACCUUUUCAGCAUCCCAGUCGUUCAUUGAGGUGGUAUAUCUCUGUCCACGGCUGUUUAACCCCCUGGCCUUAAGAGGGUUGCUAGGAUACUAAGCCUGUGUCCAUCCUCGAGUACAAAUCCUAGGACUGGGUGUGCUAUAUGCAUUGUGGACCACCACUCUUAAGCAAACAUACAGAAAUGAAUCAGUAAGCUGGUUAAGGAUAACCGUCUGUCUUACUGGCGUAUGUAUUAAGGAGUCGCAUGUAUUAACAUUUCAUUAAAAGUUUACCAAACAGUGCAUAA